AUGAGGUCGCAGCAGAGGAGCCCGGGAUCGGUGGCCGCGCUGGGCUUGAUCACCUGCGUUUGUGCCUUUUACGCGACCACAGCCGUCGACAUCCCGCUGGAGGUUGAGCAGCUGCCCACCAUCACGGCGCAGUCGCCCAGCUCUCUCAUCGCCUUCCCGUUUGACGAGAGCUUCCCCAUGACGUGUGAAGCCAAAGGGAACCCCGAGCCAGAAUACCGAUGGACGAAGAAUGGCCAGGAAUUCGACCCCUCUCUAGACCCCCGGCUGAUGAAAGAGGAGAAUUCUGGGACCUUUGUGAUACCCAAUAAUGGGAACCUUACAGAGUACCAGGGAACCUAUCGCUGUUACGCCUCAAACAAACUGGGGACCGCCAUAUCGAAGGAGAUUGAGUUCAUUGUGCCCCAUGUUCCAAAGUUUCCUAAAGAAACACUUGACCCGGUCGUGGUGGAGGAAGGCCAGGCUUUUGUUUUACAGUGUGAUCCACCUAAAGGCAUACCUCCCCUCCAGAUCUACUGGAUGACUAUCAACCUGCAGCACAUCGAGCAGGACGAGAGGGUCUCCAUGGGCCUGAACGGAGACCUGUACUUCUCUCACGCCGUGGAGAAGGACAGCCGGAGGGACUACUGCUGCUUCGCCGCCUUCCCCAGAAUACGCACCAUCGUUCAGAAGACCGCCAUGUCCGUCGUGGUGAAGACGAAAAACAGUGGCACGAGUCCCGAAACUGCUAAUGCGAUCCUUGAGAGAAGACCCUCUCUUCUGACGCCCUCUGGUGUCAAAUCAGAGACACGGCUGGUCAAAGGAGAGGACCUGAAAUGGGAAUGUAUUGCUGAGGGAUUUCCAACUCCACAGGUCGAGUGGGUGAAGAUGGGUCAUCAGCUGCCCGUCAAAGCCAAACUGGAGAAUCACGGGAAGCUGAUGAUUGUGCCGAGGGUGGACCGGGAGGACGGUGGGAAGUACAUGUGCAAGGCGAAGAACGCGCUGGGAGAAGCCGUCCACUACUUCACGCUGAUGGUGGAAGAGCCUCCGGAGUGGGUGGCAGAGCCCGAGAGUCAGCUCGGUAUGAUCGGCUCCGACGUGGUCAUCAAGUGCUCCGCCGGCGGGACCCCUCGGCCGACGAUAACGUGGCGGGUGAACGGCGAACCUCUGCAGGCGGCCCCUGCAGCCAACAGGAAGGUGUUUGACGACACCAUCGUUCUGCACAACGCCAAAGCGUCUGACAGCGCCGUCUAUCAGUGCGAGGCCUCCAACAAGCACGGGACCCUCCUGUCGAACGCAAACAUCAUGAUCAUGAAUCUGGCCCCCAUGAUUCUCACCAAGGAGGGGGAGGACUACUCUGCGGUGGAGGGGAAGGGAGCGAUGAUGCACUGCUCGGUCUUCAGCUCUCCGCCUUCAACUAUCAUUUGGAGCAAAGACGACUCCCCGGAAUCCGUGGAGGGGCCGCGGUUCUCCGUUCACGACAACGGGUCGCUGGAGAUCUACGGCACCGCGAAGGACGACGCGGGGCAGUACACGUGUUUAGCCAAAAACACGGAGGGCUCGUCCGCCGUCGACGCCGCGCUCUACGUGAAAGAUCCCACUAGAAUAGUGGCGGCGCAGGAGGACCAGCGGAUCUUAAUAGGUGCCGCGGCCCAGCUCUCAUGCCUCGUGGAGUACGACAAGUCCUUCAGCAACGACUUUGAGCUCCUGUGGGAAAAAGACGAUAUGGCGAUAGGCCUCAACCACACUGAGAAUUCAAGAUACUUCGUGGAGAACGGCGUCCUGCAGAUCCUUAACGUGAGCCACGGGGACCAGGGCGUGUACACGUGCGUGGCGAGAACCCCGGUGGACCGGGACGCGGCCUCGUCGCGGCUCACGGUGCUAGAUGUCCCCGAUGCACCCCAGUACUUGGUACUGUCUGAACACAAGAGCAAAAGUGUGAAACUGAAAUGGAUCCCUGGGGACGAUCACAACAGCUCCACCACAGAGUUUAUCAUCGAGUACGAGGAGAGCCAGUGGGAGCCGGGGAACUGGAAGGAGCUGCUCCGCGUACCUGGCAACCACAACCAGGCUGUGCCCAAACUCCACGGCCACGUGGACUACCGCUUCCGCGUGUCCGCCGUCAACGCUGUGGGCAGGGGUCCCCCCGGCGAGCCCACGGAGAGAUACAAACCCCCGCCGGCAGCCCCUGACAAGAACCCCGACAAUAUCAAAAUCGAAGGUCAUUUGCCACAUGAAAUGGAUAUCAACUGGGAGCCCUUGCUCCCCAUUGAGCACAAUGGUCCCGGUUUGGAGUACAAGGUGAGUUACAGGAGGCAGGACGAGGAGGACUGGAAGGAGGACGUGGUGAAGAGACACUCGUUUGUGGUGAAGAAUACGCCGACCUUUGUCCCUUACGAGAUUAAGAUCCAAGCCAGGAACCACCAGGGCUGGGGCCCCGAGCCCAGGAUAGUGACCGGCUACUCGGGGGAGGACUUUCCCUCCGCUGCGCCCGACGACGUAGCCGUGGAGGUGGUCAACGGCUCAGUGGUCAAGGUCAGCUGGACGCGUGUUCACAAGGACAAGUUACAUGGACAUCUGGGAGGCUACAGGGUAAACUGGUGGCGCCUGCGCAGUCUGGUGAACUCGAAGAAAAGCCACGGGGACAAGCGCUCGCUGGCGUUCCCCGGGGACCGCGACCACGGCACGGUGCCGGGACUGACGCCCUUCUCCGAGUACAGCCUCAUCGUCAUGACCUUCAACGGGCGGGGCAACGGCCCCGGCAGCCACCCCCUCACCUUCAAAACCCCGCAGGGAGUCCCUGAGAGAAAUCCUGUCUUCAGGGUCACGGAUGCACAGAGGCACACCGUCUCUCUGCUCUGGGCCCCGCCAUCGGAGCCUAAUGGAAUUCUCACCGGGUACCUCCUCGAGUAUCAGCUCAUCAACGACACGGAGGAAGUGGGGCCACUGCAGCCGGUGAACAUCAGCAACCCCAACACCACCAAGUGGACCCUGCGCGACCUGGAGCCCGUGAGCAAAUACAAGCUCUACCUGCGCUCCUGCACCAUGGUGGGCUGCGGGCCCACCGUCAGCGAGGAGUGCACCACCACCCUCGAAACAAGUGUGGGUGUCUGGAAGAUAUCGGAGGCCUUAAACACCUCUAAGACCUUCCACGUCAUCGACGGGCUCGACCCUGGGACAGAGUACACUGUGCGCCUUAUUCCCAACAGCUGGCUUGAUAAUUCUAGCAUAUUUGAAGACGUUAUCACGACCGGGUUAACAGGUCUGGCCAGCGUCCACGGAGGAGUAUCCACCCAGGGCUGGUUUAUCGGCCUGAUGUGCGCCAUCGCUCUCCUCACUCUCAUUGUGCUGAUCGCCUGCUUUGUCAACAGAAAUAAAGGGGGGAAGUAUUCCGUGAAAGAAAAAGAAGACCUUCACCCGGACGUGGAGUCCCAGGGCAUGAAUGACGACACAUUUUGUGAAUACAGCGACAACGACGAGAAGCCACUGAAGGGCAGCCAGCACUCGCUGAGCCGAGAGAUCAAAGCCGGGGACAGCGAGGACAGCCUGGUGGACUACGGCGACGAGGACGUCCAGUUCAACGAGGACGGCUCCUUCAUCGGCGAGUACGCCGGCCGGAAGGAGAGGAAGAGGGCGUCCGCCGAGAUCAAGGCCACCAUUCAGACCCCGGCGUGAGGAGCGUGCGGCCGCCCAUCCAUCCAUCCAUCCAUCCAUCCUUCGUUUCUCGGGCAACGUCUUCGUCAAACCCGCCGAACAAAUGAAAGUGGCAAACAGACAUGAUCCAUACCGAGCACGCGCGUAACUUUAACGCGUCAUCGCCGACUGCACACUGCCGCCCCCCCCCCCCGCCCCCCCCCAUUGUAUACAGCUCUGUUUUUGUCGAGUCGCAACAGGAUGACCGUUACUAAAUACUGUGUGUAUAUAUAGUGUAUAUUGUAUGUGCGAAGUGUCUUUUUUUUAUAAUUAUUAUUACACACAAAAAAAGUCUAGAGGGCUUUUUUCUUUUCUUCCCAUCUCAUUACGUCCGCCGCAGUGUUUGUACAAAUGUUAGGAACAUUUCACUCUCCACUGCACAUCAUUAUGCAGCGUUGCCUCUCAGAUAAGUGGGAAUAUCAAGUUGAUAUUUUUCAAUUGCAGCUGACUAUUACUGACCUUUUAUAUUUGAAAUGGAUUCAUUAAAUAUGAUGGAAGAUGUAUAUGAAAAUGGAAGCUUAUUAACUUAUUCUAUCCUGUGGUUUUGUACCUGACAAAAAAUAACUAGGAAUUUUACAUAUCGCAAACAGCGAGUCAUCAAUCUCCCUGUGGUGUUAGAAGAAAAGUGAAAUGAAGCUAUAAUGUUUACGAUAAACAGCGCCGUACACUGCCAUACCGGACACGAAGGUAUUCAGAAAAAUCAAAGCCAUUAUACACUAUUGUUUAUCUGAUUAUUAAAAAUGUUUGUGUAAUCCAGCCGAUCACCUUUAUAUCCGAAUUUGUAUUAAAAAGCACCACUAAAGUUGAAUCCAGUUUAUAGACCGACUAUUUUACAACGCCCCAGUUGCUCUGAAAACAUAAUUUUGUCCAAGAAGUAGCCUCACACUGUAAGAGUUCGGAGGAAUAGUGGGAACAUUUGGGAAAAUAUGCGUAUUCGCUUCUUUACACGUCUGUACGGUAAAUGUGAAGUUACGGCUAGCAGCCGGUUAGCUUAGCUUAGCCUAGCGUAAAGACCGGAAGCGUCCGUCCCAUAAAAGGUAACGAAAUAUGGCUAGAAAUUGAUAAGCAUGAUAAUGUUUCCUAAAACAUCAAACUAUUACUCUAAAGCAGUCCUCCAGUGAUUUAGCAUUGUGCUCCAAUAUUGUUUUUUUUGGUAUAAAGGGUGGAAAUCCUACACUUCCCAUAAUUCUUGUCGGCUUAACACCCAAGUCGUUCCAAUCCCGCAACCCCAGUUUGUAACGCAGUCCCAAAAGUCCAAAUUGGGAUAACCCCGGUGACAUCACUGUGACAUCAUCAUCAGUCUUCUUGACAAAGCACCUCCGGAGCCACAGAACAUUAACCAACUGUAUUUGUCCACUGAACAGUUCUCAAUAUGAUCAAUACACAGAUGUGCAUCUGUGAUCUGGUGGACUGCCCCUUUAAGAAGCGCCUGUCAUGGGAUUUUUGUUUGUUUGUUGUAAGCAAUCAGAUUUCUGUAAUCUGGUUGCGUGCUGAGAUGAAAUAGACUGUAGUCAACGUUAUGUCAGUCUUAACAAGCCUUACUCUUACUUUCAAUAUACUGUCAUGUCAAAAACACCAUCACUCUGUCGCUCAGCAUUAACAUUAGCACCAUGAAAAAGAAAAAAAAUAGCAAAUUUUUUUUUUUUGUUGUAAAAAUUCAGCCAUUGCAUGUUAAGAAUGUUGAUCGGUGGUUGUUUUUGUUUUUUCGAUGUCAUUAAAAUUGCUUUUACUUUCUU